GUUCUAUGUCGGUUCGGUUCUUUAAAAAAAAAAAAUCUGUCUCUUCACUCUCCUGCAUGUCGGUUUAAGUUGGAUUUCAAAUCUCUCUCUCUCUCUGAUUCUGUUUCCCGAAGAGACGUGAUCAUCAUCUCAAAACCCUAGACACAGACUCUGAUCCUUUCUACUCCUCUGCUUGAUCUCUGUGUUCAUUUCGAAUCAGAAGUGGAGAAGGUCUUGAUGGAUUCGGACACAACCAACAAAAGUAGUAAUGAAAAGAAGACUUGCGCCGAUUGUGGAACCAGCAAGACACCUCUUUGGCGUGGUGGUCCCGCUGGUCCUAAGUCGCUAUGUAACGCGUGUGGGAUCAGAAACAGGAAGAAGAGACGAGGAGGAGAAGAUAAGAAACAGCUGAAGAAAUCAAAUCACGGCGGAGGCGGCGAUCUCAGAAGAAACCCUAGAUUUGGUGAAUCACUGAAACAGAGGAUGGUGGAUUUUGGGAUGGGGAAGAGAUCAACGGUGGAGAAGCAGCGGCGGAAGCUCGGCGAGGAAGAGCAAGCGGCUGUGCUUCUCAUGGCUCUCUCGUAUGGAUCAGUGAAUGGGAUUUGCCUACCUGUUAAGCACAAUCCUGUCAUGCCCGAAAAUAAUAAAUUAGAAGUUCUAACGAAAAAUCAGAGUAUGGCAAGACAACUGGUUGCUCGGUGAUCCUCAGGCUUCGCCAGCUGGUCCUGCCGGAAGAUGUUCAAAGAAUAUUGCGCCUUCGUCCAAGUAUAACAGGUGCUCAAGACUUACUGUAUUGGAAGCUUAGUAAGACAGGUUCAUAUACAGUUAAGUCUGGUUACUAUGUACAAAGGCAGUUGGACGAUGAAAACGCACAACAAACUCAGGUUCUACCCUACUCUACUUUACAAUUUAGAAAUUCUCUCUUACAAAAAUUAUGGACACUAAAAUUGCCACCCAAGGUUAAAAUAUUUUGGUGGAAAGUGCUCCAUAAUGGGUUGCCUGUAGCUAAGAAUCUAAGUAGAAGAGGAUGUAGAAUUAAUCCUGAGUGUCAGCUCUGUGGUGACGAUAUAGAAUCUGUUUCUCAUUUGAUAUAUGAGUGUCGUAUUUCUAGAGAAAUAUGGCAGUUGGCUUGUCCUGAUUUGUCACAGAGCUUAAGAGAUAGUAUUGACCUCCAACUGCUUAUACAGAACAUAAUUAAUGAAACUACACGGGGGUCGCAGGGAUGUUUAGCAUGGUUUUUAGGGUGGAGAAUAUGGAAGAUGCGGAAUAGGUUACUGUUUGAAAAUCAUCGUGAUCAUAUUGUUCAGGUUAUCAAGGCAGCUAUUAUGGAUAUGAAUCUAUGGAAUGAAGCCAUGAUGCAAGAUGAACCUGUGCAAACUUAUCAUGUAUAGGGUGGUCCUUACAUAGUCGACAAGGCACUCUCCUCAUCCAAGGUAGCUCAGCAAUCACUCCAACGAACUCAGCACUUGAAGCCGAGGCAAUGGCAACUUUGCUAGCUGUUCAACAAUUGCAUAAUCUUGGCUAUAAGAACGUUACAAUUCUUGGAGACAAUGCUCAAUUGUUUAGGGGUUUGGAGUCGAACCGAUCUAAGAGAAGUAAAGCUUUUGCUUUUAACGAAGCUUCUACAAUAGCUCAUGAUAUUCUCAACCUCUCUGAGUCGAACCUCUUUUCUUUUAGACAUGUCUCUAGGAACCUUCUACAUUAUGUUGAUCAAUUAGCAAAGAAAGCUAGGUCAUCUAAACAGCAAUAUGUAAUAACGUGGCUCAAUGUUUAGUUCAUUGUACUCUGUUUCAAGGUUGAAUGAAAUGAAAAUGU